AUGCAGCUGCGCCAGCUGCUUUUGGCCUUAGCAGCCCUCUCACUAGUGCAACAUUGCUUUCUUGGCCCUGGUCACAUCGAGGCGCCCCGAGCCCGGCUCGUACCGCGCCGGGCGGCGCCGCCCGUCGAGCUGGCUUCGGAGUUCCUGGCAGGAUGGGAGAGGCAGGAGAUGGCCCAGAAGAAGGCGGGCGCGGCCCCGGCAGGGCUGACGCCUCCAAAAGACAUUAGCGAGGCCGAGGAGCUGAGGUCUGCGAUACAGACGCUGGCGAAGUCCAAGAGCAUGCAGAGCUUGAGGCUGGGCAUCAUGGCCCCCUCGGGGGAGGCUGCGCUGACCGCCAUGCAGAACUGGGUGGAAGGCCUGGAGCUCGAUAGCCCGGCCGAUGGAGUGAUGGCGGUGGACGACGAAAACUCGCCCUUGGACAUGUCCGAGAUCGCCUCGGGGCCUGUGUACCUCAAGUACCAGUACAGCUUCGGAGAUCCCGCAAAUCGAGCUGACAACGGCAACCCCUCCAAAGAGAGCGCAAUCCCGAAGGUGGGUGCCUACAUGAAGAGCUACCCAUUUCCCGGGCGAGGCGUGUUGUUCAAUCCCGAGCUCGGUGACGGGGAGAUGCGAAUGUACGGCGACUUCCCCUUGGCCUUGUUCGGCUGGCCGACGGACGCGCUCUGUAUUCACAUGCCCCGGAUGCUGGAUGUGAAGACCCUGCUGGCCAAAGCGGUCGGCGUGAUGUUCAGCGUGGGGGCCGGCCUGCCUUGCGGCAAGGAAGGGCCGAUGAUCCACAGCGGCGCCAUUUGCGGCUCGCUGACCUCUCGGGUGUUUUGGACAAACCGCCUGCGGCCGAUAAACAUGGACAAGGAGCAGCGGGAUCUUGUGACUGCUGGUGCGGCAGCGGGCGUCUCCGCCGCCUUCAGCGCCCCAGUGGGUGGUGUCCUCUUUGCUAUCGAGGAGGGUGCCACGCACAUGAGCGUGGACAUCAUGCUGAAAACCUUUGUUGCUGCUGCCUGCGCUGCCCUGGUCGUGCGAUUCUUCCACUCCGGCUUCGACACGGGUCUUUGGGGGAUGCUGGGCUCGGCGGUGCCCCUGGAGUUCGGUGCGCUGCCGGACCUCCGCUACUCCAUUUGGGAGCUUCCCUUGUUUGCCUUAGUCGGAAUUCUCGGCGGCUUGAUGGGGGCACUGUACAACUGGCUCAACGUGAAGCUCACGAGAGUCAGGGUCGUGCUGAAGGGCUUGGGUGCGAGAUGGGUUCGCGCCAAAGGGUCCGCGACUGGCCGGGUUUCGAAGAAGUCCCCGACAGAGCCACAACAGGUGGUCCAGGUCGAGAUGGGGCAACUGGCUGCUUUGCUAGAGGAAACAGGGCAGAAGAUUAUGAAAGCACAGCACGAGCACCUUGAAGCUCGAAUGGGGGCCCUGGAAGAGCUCACGGGCAAGAGAAUGGCUUCAGCAGAAAGCCGGAUCGGCAGCAUGGAAGGCAAGAUGGAAUCAGUUGAAGCUCGCCUGGAGGAGAUCACCAAACAGCUCCAGCAACGACCAGAGGGUUCGUCGACUACACAAGGACCUGACAGGCGCUUCACGCUGGUGUAUGGGGGUUGGCAGAGGGACAGCAGACGGGACGACAUUCUCCAUCAGCUCCAAAAAAGCCUGGAUACACUGGGUGUGUGGGAGGCGAUUGAUUUUCCCCCCUUUACUACCGGACCGAGGCGGAGCACGGCUCUGAGUGUGUUCGCGGUACGAGGCCAAGAGACGGAGUACGAGGUCAAAAGGCGCAUGCACUCAGUGGUCAAAGCCCUGGCGGAGCACGAGGUGAAGCUGCCAGGGGGUAAAAGACUCUUCGCCACCUUUGCUAAGAGCAAGGCUGAAAGGAUUGUCAGUGGACAUGCUGCCUGGAUCAAACGCAUGGUGGUUGAGGUAUGUGGAGUGGAUGCCGGUCGUCGUCUGGACAUGGAAUAUGCCACAGGUAGUGUCUGGGUCGGCAACAGCUUUGUGGCGAGUGCCAAGACACCGCAUCCACCAGGCAUCGCCAACCAGGAACUCGAGUGGGAUGAGGACCAUAGCUCUCACUGGAUUCACGUUGGUGGGCUCUCCCGGGAGCUUGGUGUUUCGGCGGAGGAAGUGCGCAGAGGGUUGGAGGAGUUGACGUGGGCAUUGGCCCAGGGCAAGUGUGGGAAAGCUGUGGGCACGGAUGGCACCAGCCAUGAGCUGCUCUUGGGCCUGUCGGAAACCCCGGGGGGCAAAGAGGCGAUGCUGUCCUUUUUCAAUGGUGUCUAUCGAACAGCUAACAUUCCGGAAGACUGGGGCCCCCUCUUUCCAGGGUUACCAGUGCAGGAAUUGCUCUUUAUGGAUGACGGUUGUGUAUGGGACAGAAGUGCUAUGGGACUGGGCAGGAAAUUGCAGGAGUGGUCGACCGAACUGGCAAAGGGGAACAAACAAGUUGCAGUGGAUGGUAUAUCGGUGCCUGAAGUGCCAGUGUUCGAGGUUAUGGGAGUCCCUUUCUUUGUGGGAGUGAAUGCGCUGGUCCACCUGCUGGUUGGAACGCUGGUGGAACUUCGCAGGCCACAGGGCUAG